AAGAAGUAAAAGAAUAUUUUAUAUGAAAAAAAUUAAUAAGAGAAAAAAAUUUCUAAAAGAAAAUAAAUUUUAUAAUAAAGAAAAAUUUUUUAAAGAAAUACAACAAAAGUAUAAAAUAUAAAAUUACUUGCAACAGUUUGUGAAGCAUAAAUAAAAUCUGAUUGUAAAAAAAAGCUGCAAGACAAAACUUCAAUUGAAGCAAAAGUGAUUUAUAAGAAAAAGUUUAAGAAAGAAAAUAAUAAUAAAAGUUUUAAAUAAAACUGCCGGUUUUACGCCUUUUUAAUAAUUUUAAACAAAAAGCAAGAAAAAAAAUUUACGAAAAAAUUUUUAAUAAAAUCAAGUGUUUUUUGACGUGAACAAGCAGCCAAGUGUAAAGUUUAAAACAACAACAACAAAAAAAGAGUUUAAAAACAAAAGACAGAAAUUUGAUCUAAAGAAAAGAAUAAAAUUUCUGAUAAAAUACUUUAGUAUUUUUGUAACAAAUAUGUCAACACAACAGCAAAAACAAUUGCAGCAGCAACAACAUCAACAGCGACAAAUCGAUGUAAUAAUGACGUCCAUGCAGCAACAGCAGCAACUACAAACAAAACUGGAACAACAUUCGAAACCUAUCUUAAGCCCCACACGAUCCCUUGAUGAAGGUUUUGAAAGUGAUCCGGAUCGUGUUUCAACGGAUUCAGAGCAUCCAACAAGUGGAACGAAUCAAAACAAUGCUACAACAGCUCUAAACAACAACAACAUCAAUACAUGUAGUACUAGUAGUAAUAAUAAUAGCAAUAAUUGUAGUGUUAGUAAACAACAGCAACAACAACAGCUAUACCAACACCAACAGCAGCAUCAGCAUAAUAAUAAUGUUGGUUCUACUUUGGCACAAUUGUCAUCGGCCGCUACUGGUGGCUUGUCAGCCAAUACUGAUUUGUCAUCAUCAUCAUCAUCCUCUAAUACAUCUUCAUCACUCUUGUCUGCGGGACAUAAUGCAAAUAAAACAAUGGAUUUAUCCAAAAACAGAUUGGCUGCCUUGGGAGCACCACAAAUCAUACGUCGUCCACCCAAUGCAGCAGCCAUGCAGCUACAUCAACAGCAAUUGUUGCAACAACAAUUAUUAGAUAAAUAUUAUAAAGAUCGUAGAGGUUCCAGUGACAAUAAGUUUAACCAACAAAUGAAUAUGCAAAAUAUGGCACGUAUUUCUUCUACAUCUUCAUCAUCUUCCUUAUCUGCAGCAGCGGCUGCCGCCUCGUCAUCCUCAUCAUCGUCAUCAUCAUUAUCGUCGGCGGUGUUGGCUUGUGCAACAUCGAAUGCUGGAGGCUUAACAGCUGCCAGCACUCAACAAGGCAUGGGCUCACCACAAACUGCACAACGUUUGCAAUAUCAAAAGCAACGUCAGCCAGUGGUAGCCUCAUCGGCAGCUAUACACAAUCAUCGUUAUACGCCAGGCGGAAGUAAUAUGGCCAAGAAUAAUGGUGGCUUUAGACGGGCCAAAACUAGAGCCAUGUCACCCUCGGUACUUAAGUCGAAUGCAGCGAAUAACUCUAAUUCGCGUAAUGUGCUGUUAAUGCCUCGUGGCUCUGCCAUACGUUCGCACUCGGUCGAUGCCAUUACCCGUCACAGACAUCAUCAACAGCAACAACAACAACACCAACAAUUACAGCUGCAACAACAGCAAUUGUUAGCAGCCCACAACUAUGAUCCCUCAAAUGCUCUGAUUUUAAAACAUGAGGGUUCCGGCACGACAAGCACCUCGUCCUGUGCCUCCUCGAGCAACACGACACGCAUGCAACACUAUAAAUUCCCCACAAAUUCGGUCAAUGGCGGUUGCUCUUCCCUAACACCCGGUUCUACGACACAGGCGCUACUCGUGCAGCCAAUAUCAAGUGCUACAUUGUCAGCUAGUGCUGUGGCUUUACCGCCCGCUACGACCGUUCUAAAUACGGGCAAUGUUGGUGAUGCCGCUGCUGCUUUAGUGGCAGCAGCUGGUGGAUCACCAGUAAUUGCCUCAUCAACAAAUAGUUUGUAUACAUUCUAUCCAGCUGAGGGUAAUCUACAAGUAUGGCAAUCUGAAUGUGGUGAUUUGACAUAUAAGUCAUCGCGUAAUCUACAAACGCAUAAGGCACCAGUUUGUUGGACCCAGUCGAUACCAAGGCAAACAAGACGCUACACAAAUGCUCCUCAAAGUACGGUUAACAAUGCUAGUCUCCUCUAUCCCUCCUCAAAUGGACAAGUCUAUCGUAUACAUCCGGCCACCACGGUCAAUACAGUACCUAAUGCCCAGAAUCAUAAUGGUGAUGUUGUCGAUGGUGUAGCUAUUAUUUCCUCAAAUUCGGAGUCAUCAUCUAAUUCGCAUGGUUUUUCACAACGUCUCAAGGAAUUGGCUGCCUCUGCUGGACUAUUAUCCCUAAAGCCUAGAACUCCUCUGAAACCAGUCAUUAAAACACGCGGUUCACCAGGACCAGAAUUUCCCAAGAAAGUCACUUUUAGUGCCUUUGCUACAGUGCAAGUGGUGUGAUUCUAUUGGAUAGCUAACGUAUUGGGUAUUGAGUUAUAGCUACAACACUAAUACUCUACUACUCUGUAACCAAAUAAAAGUGUGGCUUUAAAAGGUUGCUGCUGUUAAAAAAAAUUAAUAUAAAUAAUAUUGAUCACAAAUGACGAUGAUGAUGUUGUGGAAAAUCAGCUGCUUCUUAUUGUUGCUAUGUUUGUAGUAUUUAGAUCAAAUAAUUUUGUUGUUUUAUUUUAUAAUAAUGAACUUUUUUCGGAAAAAAAUCCAUAUUGUUAUUAAAAAUGUAUAAUAAAACUUGCUUAGCACAUAAUGCACAAUGGGAUAUUUGCGAAAGGGAAAGGCAAAAGAUGUCUAAAAUAUUUCUAUGAAAAGCUUUUUAGGAAAUCGUUAAAAAAAAUUACUCAAUAGGGAACUUUUUAACAAGAAACUUGAAAAGAUUUGUUGUAGAAAUUUGUUCAAAGCUUUUACACUCAAAUUAACAAAAAUAUCUCGAAAAGCUUUUAUUUUAAUGAAUUGAACUGUAAGGGCAACUUUUAUAUAGGAAGCUGUAGGUCUUUGUUGUUAAAAUAUUGUCAAAGCUUUGGUAGUUAAAUUUAUAAAAUCCUAAAGCUUUUAUUUAGUGAAUUAAACUGUAAGGAAACUAUUAAAAAGCUUUGUUAAAAUAUUGUAAAAGUUUUGAUAGUUAAAAUCUCAAAAUUAAAAUAUUCAAAACGUAAAUUUUGAAAGCUUUAGUAUUGAAAUAAUAUAAAAGCUUUAAUUUUCAUUAUUUAAAAUUUUCAACAAAUUUUUUAAAAGCUUUUAUUCAAAUUGGGCCAUUAGAAUAAUGUAAAAAGCUUUCCAGUUAAAACUGAUCUAAAAGCUUUUCUAUUUGUUAAUUGGACAGUUACAACAACUUUUAAUCAAAAAUCCUCAAAAGCUUUAGUAUUGAAAUGUUUCCUAAGCUUUCAAAGUUGUCUAUAUCUAACGAAUUUGCAUAACUAUUUCUAAAAGUUAUUCUGCAACAAACUUUAAAGGCUCUUUUGUGUUAAAAUUGUAACAAAUCUUUGAAAGCUUUCCAUAUAUAGAAACACAAAGUUACAUUCCAGGUAAAAACAACUUUUCUUUCAAUAAAUCUUUAAAGCUUAAAUGUAUUUAAACUUUUUUAUAUACUUUUAACACUUUCGUAAAAGCUCUAUGCAAAAUUUUAAUAAAAACCUAGUAAGGCCUUUAAACUAUUUUUUGUAAGUUUUCCUCUGAAAAGCUUUUACAAUUAACUGAUUUAAGAAUAAAGAUCUAUAUAAAUAAAAAAAAAGUUUUUCUUAUUAAUAACCAAAAACUAUUGAGAACAUCUCUUUUAUCACAAAUCUUUUAAUAUACAUAAGUAUUUGAAGUUCAAGCUCAAAAGUAUUUUUUUAAUGUUAUAAGAAAGCUUUUAAUGCAUUUUAAGCCGUAAGCUCAAUAUAAAAGCUUGUUCUAUAGCAAUAACAACUGUUGUGAAGAUUUAAAAAGAUAUAUGUUUUAUUAGAAAGCUUUUAAGGCAGUUUUUGAUAUUAAGCCUAAAGCUUAAGUUUAAGAUUUCUUAAAGGGUAAAAGCUUAUGAUUUAUAACAUUUAAUAACUUAGCAAUUAAAAUAUAAUUUAACAUAAAGUUUUUGUUGUUGUUUUUGAAAGCUUAAUCUUUUGAAAGCUGUUUUCCUUUAAAUAAAAAGAAAGCUUUUAGAUUUUGAUUUCAAAAAUCAAAAUUUUUGCAAAAAUUUUGCAAAAUUUUAACUUUUUGCAAGUUUAACACAAAGCUUUUAAGUAAUCAUAAAGCAUUUGUUUUAGAUAAAGCUUUGAAAGUUUUAAAUAAGUUUUUAUGAAAUAGUUGGAAAAAAUUUCAAAACUUUGUUAAGCUUUUAGUUAACUAUUGAAAUUAUGUUAAAUAAAGCUUUUUUUAAGAGGAAAGCUUUUUCUAGCCAAAGCUUUUAAUAAUACUGAUAUAAACUUUUUUCAAUUGAAAAAUUUAAAAACAGAUGUUGUAAACUAAAGCUUUUCAUUAACCUUUUAUAUAAAGUGUAUAUACAGUGUUGAAAAAUGCCUUUCAAGGCAAAGCUUUUGAUAAAACUGAAAAGAAAUAAAAGUUCAAAAUCUUAAGCUUUUCAGAAUUUAGAAAAAAGUUUUUAACUAAGCUUUUAAUAUACGAAGGAAAAAUGUUAAACAAACAAACUUUUUAAGCAGAUUUUGAGGUUUUAAGAUAAAAUUAUGUAUAAGCAAUCCCAUUGUGCUUUAAAAUUUUUUAAAAAUUAAAAAAAUAAUUAUUUCUUAUCUCUAGAUUAUAAAUGUGAUUUAUAUUUAAAAAAAAAAAACUAAUGAAAAAGAACGGUAAAUUGUGCCAUGUUUAAAUGUGGCUUAAUAAUUUUAGAAAUUGUAACUAAAAUAUUAAUUUCCGCUGCAAUAACACAAAAUUCUAGUUUAGGAAAAUUUUUUUUAUUAAAAAUGCAAUUUAUUAAAAAUUAAAUUUCUAAAAAAAAGUAAAAACAUUGAAAACCAAACGGUGGUUACAUUUAUUAACAUUUUAUUAAUUAAGAACACAAAAAACAACUAAAUAAUUAUAACAAAAUACAAGUCUAAA